AUGAGUCUAUUUGUGGGAAAUAUUUCAAGAAACGUGAGACAAGAGGAUUUGCUAGAGGAGUUUGAUAAGAUCGGUCCCUGUACCAUCAACUUCAAGGGCUCUUUUGCUUUUAUUGAGUACAAAGAAGAGAGAGACGGAGAAGAUGCUAUCAAUGAUUUGAAUGGAAAGGACUUCGGUGGCCAGAAAAUUGCUAUUGAAUGGAGCAAGAGAAGUGGCAGAAAGAGAGAAGACAGCAGAGGUCGUGAGAGAACUGAAAGAGGUGGCGGCGACAGAAGAGGCAACAGAGAUUGCUACAACUGUGGCAAGCCAGGUCACUUCGCUCGUGACUGCAGAGCUAGAAGAAGAACAAGAAGCAGAUCAGGAGAUAGAAGAAGAGGUGGCUUCAGAGGAGGUAGAAAUGACUACAGAAGAAGAGAUGAUAGCAGAGAUAGAAGAAGAGAUGAUAGCAGAAGAAGAGACGACUCUAGAGAAAAUACCAGAAGAAGAGAUGACUCUAGAGACAAGAGAAGAAGAAGAAGCUCAUCAUACAAGAAGAGAUCUACCGAUAGAAAUGAAAGAAAGAGUGUAUCACCAAGAAGUUCUCCAGUUGUCAGAAGAACAUCAGCUGACAGAAAUGGAAAGGACGCCGGUGAUUACAAGAGAAACGAGUCCCCAGAGAGAGAUUGA